UACAGGUAAAGGAACAAACAUAAAACUAAAUUUGUAUACAACAAAGUUUUUCUUAAAACAUUGAUUUCAAAAUGAAACUAUUCUAAUCUAAACUUUAUAGUGUAAUAAACUGAAGUGCAAUGUGCGAAGUGAAGAAGUCUAGCAUGGAGAAGGUGGAGAAGGGAGACAAGGAAGUGUUGCCGAAGCCGGGAGAGACGUGGAGGAUCGUGAAGAAUGUUGUUAUCAUCAGCGUGGCGUUCAUGCUGCAUUUCACGGCUUACAGUGGGGCAGCCAAUCUCCAGAGCUCGAUCAACGCCGAGGCGGGACUGGGCACCGCGUCACUGGCGGCCGUGUACGCUGGCCUCAUCUUCUCCAAUAUCUUCCUGCCCGUGCCUGUUAUCAAAUGGAUGGGCACGAAGUGGGCGAUGUCUCUGUCCUUCAUAACGUACAUGCCAUACAUGGCGGCGCAGCUGUGGCCGCGGUUCUACACCAUGAUACCCGCUGGACUGAUGGUGGGAUUGGGUGGCGGGCCACUGUGGUGCGCUAAAUGCACUUACAUCUCUGUGGUGUCAGAGGUGCACAGCAAAAUAUCCAAUAUACCAGCCGAGGCGCUCCUGGUGCGGUUCCUAGGGCUGUUCUAUAUGAUCUUCCAGAUGAACCAGGUGUGGGGCAACCUCAUAUCUUCGCUCGUGCUAUCAUCGUCAGAUAAUGCGGCAGCAGUGACAGCCGUGAACGAGACGAUGAUCCCGGUGCUGUGUGGAGCCAACUUCCUGCCGAGCGCCGACGCGGGGGAGGUGUUGCAAGCGCAGCCGCAAGCCAAGAUACAGACCAUCGCUGGUAUUUAUCUCGCGUGCAUGGCCGGGGCGGCAUUAAUUGUUGCCGUCGGUGUGGAUUCUAUGAAGAGAUACGACACCGGUCGCAGCGGUUCUGGCGAAGGCAAAUCCGGCCUAGAACUGUUGGCCGUCACGCUCCGGUUAUUGGUGGAGCCAAACCAGCUGCUCCUUAUCAUCAUUAACAUCUUCAUAGGAAUGCAGCAGGCGUUCUUUGGCGCCGACUUUACUGCGUCAUUCGUGUCAUGCGCCAUCGGCACGGGCACGGUAGGGUUCGUCAUGAUGGUGUUUGGACUCUCGGACGCUAUAGGCUGCGUAGUCACUGGAUACUUGGCUAAGAUUUCAGGUCGCAUACCUUUGAUUAUUGGAGCGACAAUCGUCCACACUGGGCUGCUGGCAACACUGCUCGCGUGGCAAGUGCAGGCGGGCUCUAGCUAUGUCAUAUACGCGAUCGCCGUGCUGUGGGGCCUGGCCGACUCUGUGUGGAUGGUGCAGAUCAACGCGUACUACGGCAUCCUCUUCCCCGGCCGCGAGGAAGCCGCCUUCUCCAAUUUCCGUCUCUGGGAGUCCGUAGGCUACAUCAUCGCCUACAUCAUAUCACCCUACCUACGAACCAGCGCCAAGACUUGGCUACUCUUCGUCAUGAUGGUGGUCGGAGUAGCGGGUUACUUCACCGUGGAGCGUAAAGAGAGGAGGAUUCAGAAGAAGCUGGUGGAAAAGGAGAAGGAAUUCGGAUGUGAAAAGGGUUGUGAUAAUAUUGCUUUUCAGAGUAUUGAGAGGUUUUGAUUGAUGUAGUGUAAAAAUUCGAGCCUCUGUCAUUCUCACCUUUAAGAUUCGAGACCUUAGAACCUUAUUGAGCCGAAGCUCUAAUUUGUAAUAUUUUUAGUCUUUUCUACUUUUUAUUAGAGAAUUGCUUUCAAAAGGAAAUACAAAAUAUUUACAAGCUUUUUUUUACAUCCAUUGUCUAUCCAUACAAUUUAUGGUAAUGUAUUAGACUCAAAAGAGACUCGACUCAUCGAGUUCUGCGGUAAGCCUCUGGCCUCAAAAUGAAAAUGGAGCUGACUGACAAUAAAAAAAAUUGGUAGGAAGAUUCGUAAUCUAGCGUUAAAUUUGUCUUUAAACUUAAGACUCGCGAUUAGGGGUCUCCAAACAUUUUUACCUGAGUGCUAUGGCCAGGCCUACAGGUCUGACGAUGACGCUUCCUUUUCGCAGGCCGGAAAGGAAGCCUGCGAAAAGGAAUAAUAAUGGCCAAGGAUUGUAUGUCCUUUGGCUCUCCCGAUAUUUUCAGCGGCCCAAAAGCAAGCCCUCAUGUGGACCCAUGAAUUUAGAGGUUAGGUAGUUGCUGAAGUUAAGUGAUAUUGUAAAUAGAUUUAUGUUAAUUAAAUAAUUAAUCCAUGUUAAUUGUGCGUAGGUACACGUAUUGCGGGCGAUACAGUAUUUUAAAGUAUCUAUGUGUUAUUGAUUGUUAUAUUUUUUUUAUAAGGUUAGUUAGGGCAAGGGUCUAAUACCAUCCAUGGUCCUACUACAACCAACUUAUAUAUUUUCUUCAUUUUUCAUAAGCUGCUAUUUAGAUUAUCUAUUUCACACCUUUCCCUAAAAAUAUUUUCAAAGAUGCAAAAUGUAAGAUUUUAACAGAUACAUAUACUAAAGGUUUAUAUCUACUUACAUAAGCAUACUUUUCCAAUAUCUGUGA